AAACAUGCUGGUACCAUAUGGGACCGACGCCGUGCAGUACCGAUUCCUCUGAUCUGCUCAGCUCAACUUGAAACAAGUUUUACUAAUCCCCAGCAAAGAACUACUUUAAUAGAAAGAAAAACCAAUCCACCAGGCGCCCAAUUAACUUGACAACAGAGCAAAGGUGCAACGCUGUAGGAGCGCAGUGUCAAGAGGACAUAAAAUGGGCGGCAUAAAUCUGUCCAAACUGUUGCUGGCUUUGGUUGGCUGUCUGUGUGCGUCGUUGGCCGUCUCAGCAAGUGUUAUAGAACAACAUGGCAGCCGAUACUCUCCUCCCCUGGCUCGUUUACUUCCGCGUGACGCUGACCCAAAGCAGAAGAUAGAGGGGACGACAAACCUGCCCGAUGCCACCCCAGGGGACACCCCGCCUCCCUACAUUGUCAACAGCCUCACGGAGGCCAUCGCCCUAGCUGUCAUUAGCGGUAUCUGCGGGCCGUCCCUCUUCGCCCUAAUCGGCUGUGGGAUCCGCCAGAUCCGACUAACGUGGGACGACCCCUUCGCGGGCGGCGAGCGGCCCGUGGACGAAGCGGCCGAGCGUCGCAAGCGCAAGAAGCAGCAGCAGCAGGAAGAGCAGCUGGCCGACGACGACGACGUGGAAAUCGUCAACAAUAACAUCCGGCCGGCUAAGGCCGUGGUCAACAACGCCGAUCCCCUGCUGCUGGAUCGGGUGACCACGCUGGAUCUGGACAAGAUCCGGGCCAAGCCGCUACCCGCCUCUAAGUUCAGCAACACCGAGAAAAACCUGGCCGGCAAGGUCAACAAAGGCUACAGCAAAACGGCAGAGGAUAUCCUGUGAAACCCUGGCAAAUCAACAGAUUACGUUUUGGUGCCUGAGAACUGAGAAUUCAUGUAACUGUGACUUGAUGGAUUAUAAUGGUUUUACAAUGUACACAUUUCAUGGACUAUGGGGCCCGUCUAACUGGAAUAAAAGGGGGCUGCAUGCAGUACCAGACUUCAGCCUCGGAAUGGAUUCUUACGUAUGAACUUAACUUAAUUACGACACCAGAGAAUUCUACCAAUACAGCCUCGCUUUGGCUCCAACAUGAUGACGAUCCCGUUCAAAAAACCAAUAGUUCAAAGAGUGUUCAGCAACCAGUUGGCGACCGAGGACAAACACAAAAGAAGACGAUAACUGAUCCUAACUAACCAUGAAAUGACAUGUACUCCCUAUUUCAGACAGCUAACAAAUCAAAGUUUGGGACUGGUGUACAUCGUAGUUGGACUGCAUGAUUAAACAAAUCUGAUGUAACCAGAGCGACUUGCACAUGUGAAUUUCUAAGGACGUUGCUAACCAAUUUUAACUGAAUGAGACUGGAUUAAUUAACUUUUUUACGAUUCUUGUUAUUUUUGUAAUGAUUUAAUUAUGGUGAGAUCACACGCUACACAAACUGCGGGGUAAAAUUUACCAUGCAUCGAGUCUAGAUACGACAGUCCUGUAUAUUCUAGUCAAAUAGGACGCAUUAAUACAGCGAUUCGGUUUGGAGAAAACGUAUUUCCGAGAACUUUUCGCUUCGGUUCUCUUUCCUUUAAUACUUGAGUUAAAUUUAAACCCAAUCUAAAAGAGCUGUCCUCAGCUUGCAUGAUGUCAAAGUUCUAAAAAGGUCCUAGUUGCUCAAACAGUUCCUUUCCUGCAAGAAACUUUUGGCCGAUUCAAAUUCCUAGGUUUGUAGCAGUAUUAUAGGCAGCAAGAACGAUUUGUCGGGUGUUGUUAUUCGUUUUAUAUAAGAAGAAUUACUUUGUUUUUCUGUUUCAAAAUGGCUGCGUGUGGAUACUUAAUGUAAAUACUUGCAUCAAGCUGGUUGUCAAAUGAUCGUCUAAGCUUCAUUAUGUCUUUGUAAAUGAGUAAACAAAAUUAAUCCACACUUUA